AUGGACGCCUUCUCCGCCAGCCCCGAGUUCACAUACUGGUGGUCGCCAUCCCCCGACGUCAUGCGCACAUGGCACGCGUCCCGGAUCCGGGGCCGCUUCAGCGACCCGGGCACGCAGCAAUUUAAAAUCGCGAAUGCGUCUUCUGGCGCGGUCGUCGCGUUCGCGAAGUGGGAUCCGCCGAGGACGAUGGAGGGGCUGCGGGAGGGGUUUGUGGUUUACGAUGAGGUUGGGCUGGAGGGGGAUGGGAAGACAGGGGGAGGCGUGCAGGGGAAGAAGAAGAAGAAGUUAAAGGCGCCGGAGGGUGCGGAUGAGAAGCUUUAUGAGGAGUUUUUCGACGGGCUGGAGAGUAUGGGGGAGAAGUGGAAGGCGCAUGAGAAGUUGGUCCUCUCCAUAAUCUGCACCGACCCCUCCCACCACGGCCGAGGCAUCGCCGCCUCCCUAAUCCGCCCCGUCCUCGCCCUCGCGGACAAGGAGCGCAUCCCCGCGUACCUCGAAGCCCUACCCCUAGCCGUGCCGCUGUACCAGCGCCUCGGCUUCCAGCCCGUGGACCGGCUAGAGUACGACCUAGCGAAGGCGGGGAGGCGGGGCAAGGCCGUGCUGACGAUUAUGGUGCGGGAGCCGCAGUCGGAGUCGGAGUCGGAGUCUACGUCGGCGUGA